AAGUCUUCAUCUCUGUGACCUGCACAGUGGCCUGCCUGCUGUUGCCAAGAAAACUCAAGAUGGAUUCUACUGAGAACAACCAGAGCAUCAACCUCCAGAACAGCCCUCAGGCCCAAAGGGAGGAAAGUGGCCUGGAGGAUGUUCAGAUCCCCAUAACUGAGGCAGGGGAGGCAGAAGCCACUGCCAAUUCCUCAGGGGAUGUGUCUUCUGGUCCCCAGAGUGCUGAGAGAGCUUCCUCUCCUCCCACUAUCAUGGGAGGGGCAUCAUCUGGUGAAGCCUCUGACAAUGAAGAAGGGGAUGUGGCUGAGCCCGAGUCUUACCAACAGAGUAUACUAAAUGGAAAGAUAGUUGAUUUAGUGAGAUUCCUGCUCAUUAAGUUUCGAAGGAUGGAGCUAACCACCAAGGCAGAAAUGAUGAAUAGGGCCAUGAGAGAUUAUGAGGAGUACUAUUCUGUGAUCUUUAGUAAGGCCUCUGAGUGUAUGAUGUUGAUCUUUGGUAUUGACAUGAUGGAGGUGGACCCUUUUGUUCAUGCAUAUUUCCUUUUUCCUGCCCUUGGGAUUACCUAUGAUGGGAUGAUGCAUGGGGUUCUAGGUGUACCCAAGACAGGCCUGGUGAUAAUUGUACUGUGUAUCAUCUUCAUAGAGGACAAUUGUGUCAGUGAGGAGGUGUUCUGGGAUGUGAUGAAUAGCCUAGGCCUGUUUUCUGGGAUGAAUCAUUUCAUAUUUGGGGAGCCCAAGAGCCUCAUUACUGAAGACUUUGUGCAGGAAGGCUAUGUGGAAUACAGACAGGUGCCCAACAGCUGUCCUCCUCGCUAUGAGUUCCUAUGGGGCCCAAGGGCCUAUGCUGAAACCACCAAGAUGAAAGUCUUGGAAUUUUAUGCCAAUAUUGUUAAGCAGGAUCCUAGAUCUUACCCAGAAAAGUAUGCAGAGGCUUUGAGGGAGGAGCAAGAGCGGGCCUACGCCACUGAAGUUCAGUAGAUGGCUACUCCUGCUCUGAGCACCACACAUUCUAUCACACUAAUGGUUUCCAUCCCAUAUUAUGGCAGGCAGAGCAGAAACGUAGUGGCCUGCUGGGAAAAGAAUGUGAGCCAUUCGUUUUUACUAUUCUGUUCAUAUGACAUUAGAAGGCUCUUUAAGAUUUUGCUACUUAUACUAUAAGGUUUAUUUGCUUGAGAUUUUUAAGGUUAGAAAUGACAUUAGUAAUGCAUUUAUUGUUGAUCCAGGUUAGGAGAAUUUUGUUAUCUUGAAAACACACAAAAAUGUUU